GUACUAAUGUAAACAUCCGCUGAAAACAAUGAAAUGUAUCAACUGCGGGACAAAGUGUAAUAGUCUUUAUAGACAUUAUUCAAGAGAUAUAAUACAACUGGAACACUGCAUCCAUUGUAAAGAGCUCGUAGACAAAUAUAUAGAGUUUGACCCAGUCAUUAUCUGUCUUGAUGCUUUACUGUUGAAAAGAGAAGCAUUUCAGCAUGUUCUCAGCAAUAAUUCCACUCAGGCUCAGUGGAAACUAACCUCUAUAUUGUUACUAUUUGACGCCUACACUAAACUUGUUCAUCAAAGACAAAAUGGAGACCACACCAACAGGCCUAUGCCAGAUAGUGUUUUGUACUCUGCAUUCGAAUGGGAUCUUUACUUUAACUAUUUUUCAGCCCUUAUAGAACUACUUGUGUGUGUAGUUGUUAUAUUGUUAGCAUUUGUCAUCGCUAGUAAGAUUAUGCCUUCCUCAGACAAACUUAGAUUAUAUGAAAUAGUAAGAGGAAUUUUAUUGUCAAAUUUUGGUAAGAUAUUGGUAAUACCUGCUGUAUUAUGGGGUUAUAAUGAGAUGUAUGUGUGGUUAACAGCAAUAUUUGUCUGUGCAUCAAAUGUUCAAGCUUUCCGUGUGUUAUGUCCUUCAUGGCCAGCCAUAUUUUGUGCAGUUGUUGUCAUUUCCAGUCAUGUCAUAGCUUCUUUAACUGGCAGCAUAAUCUAUAAUUUACAUUCUGCAAUCAAAUAAA